AUGAUCCCCGAAGUAUCUAUACCAAAUCAGAAAAAGAAUCAACCACUAUCGUUCUCGUCACUACCAGAUGAAAUCAUAGAGAACAUUCUUGCACGUAUCUCAAGCUCGAAUUACCCUAACCUCUCUCUAGUCUCCAAGAGAUUCCUCUCUAUCAUCUCUUCUCCUGAGCUCUACGCAACUCGCUCUCACAUCAAAACCACCGAACCAUGCCUCUAUUUCUGCUUAGAAGACUUGCCCAAUAUCUCUUCUCCUAAAUGGUUUAGUCUUCGAAUGAAACCUGCUAACGAAACCCCAAAUAAUGAUGAUAUUAUUGUAGACUAUUCGUUGGUUCCGGUACCAUCUAGUCACCAUACUCAACAUCACGUAGACUAUUCUUCCACCGUAGUUGUUGGUUCAGAAAUAUAUUUAAUCGGUGGGCCAUCCAACGGACCGCCAUCUUCACUUGUCCGUAUCCUUGAGUGUCGGAGUCAUACCUGGCGUGAUGGCCCUACCAUGUCCGUGGCACGUGCGGGUGCGUCUGCUUAUUUUCUGCAUGGGAAAAUUUAUGUAAUGGAAAAAUACCGGAAAGAUGAUGACAACUGGAUGGAGGCAUUAGACGUAAAGACUCAGAUUUGGAGUCCCUUGCUGAGCCAUGGAGCUACUGAGUUUCGCAGCGACUGGUUUUUAAUCAGAGUGUUUAGAGGAAUAAUUUACGCAAUUGCUGAUAAGACCUAUGCUUAUGACCGGAACAAGGGUACGUGGGAAGUUGUGGACACGUACCAUAUGAAAUUGAGAUAUAUACUUCUAGAUUGCUGUGUGAUUGAGAAUGUUAUAUAUAGGUAUCAAUGCGAUGGUUUUCUCUUAUGGUAUAGUUACAAAAAAAGAAAGUGGAUAAGAGUUAAGGGCUCGGAUAUGGAACUGUUGCGUACGCAUAAAACAUAUAUGUUUUCAGCGGAGUGUGUGCUUAGUAUGCGUAGCUACGGUGGGAAACUCUUAGUUAUGUGGUCUCCCAAGUUUGUUAUAAACAAUGGAGUACCUGAAAGAAAAAUUUGGUGUGCAAUAAUCGCGUUAGAAUGGAGAAGAAAUAAAGUAUGGGGUAAGAUUGAGUGGGUUAAUGAAGUGCUUACGGUCAGUACUAGAUCGUAUAAGUUAUUGAGUUGUGUAGUCAGUUGGAUUUGA